AAAAAAGUAAAUAUUACAAAUAAACAUUAUUAUUAAUUAAUAAAUAUAUUAUUAUACGCGCAGUUUACAGUAUUAAUAAUCAUUAUUAAUAAAUUAUUAUUAUUAUUAUACGCGCAGUUUACAGUAAAUUCGCGAAUGAAAAAAAAAAAAAAAAAAAUAUCGAACGCUCCGCGAUCAUCGCUCAGUCAAAAGUCACCUCGAUACGUCCGUGCAGAUAGACGCGACGCCGUUCCGAGUAUAUAAAGGCGUUCGACAAAUACGAUACGAAGUCAUUAUUCACCGCACAGGCGAGCCGUACGCACGCGUAUCGAUCCGCGUUUCGUUCGUUAUACAUUUUAAUAAAAACUAUCUCUGUCGACAUGUCCGGUCGCGGUAAAGGAGGCAAAGUCAAGGGGAAGGCAAAGUCACGUUCCAACCGUGCCGGUCUUCAGUUUCCCGUCGGACGUAUACACAGACUGCUGAGGAAGGGUAACUACGCGGAGCGCGUCGGUGCCGGUGCACCGGUAUACCUCGCGGCCGUCAUGGAAUACCUCGCCGCCGAAGUUCUCGAGUUGGCCGGCAACGCUGCCCGCGACAACAAGAAGACUAGGAUUAUACCGAGACAUCUUCAGUUGGCGAUCCGUAACGACGAGGAGCUUAACAAGUUACUCUCGGGCGUGACGAUCGCACAAGGCGGCGUCCUCCCCAACAUCCAAGCCGUUCUGCUGCCCAAGAAGACCGAGAAGAAGGCAUAAACUGACGGUGGCUGUGCGCGACAAUCGUUCGUUAGACGAUGUCUCUGUCCGUCUUCGUCGUCGUCUUUUCAUCGAUUCGAUGAUGAUGAUGAUGAUGAUGAUGAUUAUGAUGAAACUAUAUAAUCAUAUACCACCACCACCACGUGUAUCGUGCGUGAUACGACGUACGGACGACGGACGUACGAACGACAUCGUCCAAUCAUGAUCAUUUACAAAAAGGCCCUUUUCAGGGCCACAAAAUAUAUCGUAUGUGCAAAAUUAAAAUGAGGUUUCAUAAACGAUUUCGACGUCCCGACAUAUCUUAGAUUUAUAAUAUAUAUUAACUUAGUACUAGACGUUCUCGUUAUAUCGAAGAAGAUGUUUA